AUGAAAUCGACAACUGUAUCUCAACAAUCAGGUGAUAAUAACAAUUCACAAAAAGUGAACACAUCCAUUCAGAUUUUAUCAUGCCGAACGGAGUGUAAAUGGUACUUGAUUGGUGUAGUUAUUCGAUUAGUAUGGACAUUAAUUUAUCCACAGCGUGGAUAUAUCCAUCCGGAUGAAUUUUUUCAAGGAUCCGAAGUUGUAUUUGAUGAUUUCUUUCGAACGAAUUUAACGCGAACACAUGAGUUCAAUCCGACAGCACCAUUACGUUCAGUAGCCAUUCUCUAUUUACUUUACGGCUUACCUGUAUCGAUUCUCUCAUGGCUUUCGUCGACAUUCCACUGGUCUACCAUUCCAUUUCAUUUAAAACUGGUUUUUCCACGUGCUGUGAUACUUUGUCUUUCGCUCUGUACAGAUAUACUUUUUAGCCGUUUAAUCAAAACUCUCUAUCCAAAACUUUCGUCAAAACAGCAUGCAAUCAUUCUGAAUUACUAUGGUAUUGCUCACGUCACACUUGUAUUUUACACACGCACAUUAUCCAAUUCAUUCGAAGCUUUUCUCUUUCUUGCUCUCAUCUAUCUGAUUGAUCACAAUGUCUCAUCGUUAUCAUCAUUCGUUAGUAGUACGGUUAAUGAUACGAAAUCAACUACUCGUUCAGAUCGAUAUCUACUGUUGAGUUCAUCGUUCAUCGGUUUUAUCUGUGCAUUAGGAAUUUUCAAUCGCGCAACAUUUCCCGCGUUUGCGAUUGUUCCACUUAUUUACUGGUUUACAAAUAUUCUUCCGGUGAUAAACCAUUCAUUUCACUUUCAAUUACUAUUAGGUCGAACGAUAUCCUUCAUUGUGGGAACAUUUGUCGCGACAUGUACUCUUUUGAUUCUUUUCGAUUCGUAUUAUUACAAUGACGGAUUUUCGUUGAUGAUUGAUUGGAAGAAAAGUUUGGUCGUAUGUCCAUUCAAUUUUAUUGUUUACAAUACCGAUGCGUCGAAUUUGGACAAGCAUGGCCUACAUCCACCAUGGCUUCAUUUUAUUGUCAAUGCAACGAUUCUGUAUGGACCACUUCAUCUUUGUGUAGUCCUAUGGGGUUUAUCUCAUUUGGCAAAUCUUAGCCAAUAUGGACAGAAAAUCACUGGUCGAAUCGCGCAGAUUUUUCAACGAAGAUCGACGCCAACUGAACAAUCACAUCAAUCAAGUUCACCACUUCUACUAUACCUCUACUCAGUACCGUUCGUUUUCUUGUCGACAUUUCCUCAUCAAGAACCGCGAUUUCUACUUCCACUUCUAUUCCCACUGACACUUUUCAUUGUUCCUCUUUUAAUUACACAUGGUUUUCACCGAUUAGUCUUUCGUUUAUGGCUUGCAUUCAACAUUUCUGUAGCAAUACUCUAUGGUCAUUUGCACCAAGGUGGUGUCUUACCUGCUCUUCAACACGUUCAUGAUUUUCCCAUGUUGACAUCAGGAGGUGCACCAAUACAAGAGAAUUUAAAUAAAAGAAUUCUUGUUACUUAUCAUACAUACAUGCCACCGGGUUAUUUAGUUACGCAAAUGUCCAAUUCAGACGUUGUGAAAAAGUUCGAUAUGAGUAUUGUUGAUCUUCAAGGUGCAAAACGUGAAAAACUUGACAUGACAAUCAAAGAUAUAUUCAACAGACAUUCUACAAGUAACACACAAGUGUUUAUUGUCCUUCCAAGUACUUGUCGAACUGAUCUUAUUCAUUUGAAACAACAAAAGUAUACUUUCACACUAUCUGAACAAUUUGGAUUUCAUCUAGAUCUUGAUCACGCAUUUGAAGAGCCCUUUCAUGGCAAACAUGCUGGAACAACAUUCCAGUGGCUCCAAACUAUCUGGAAUCGCUACAAACUUGAUGUGUAUCAAGUUCAACGUGACUAA